AUGCCGUCGCAAACGUCAAAAACAAUCAUUUUCAACGAAACAACGCGCUCGGAGGAUGACGACGACGACGACGACGACGACGACGACGACGACGACGAGAACGUCAACCCGGCAACGUGCGCGCUGUGGGUUCGUCUAGUGGAGGCGGGCGGGCGCGCUCGCCGCACGAGCGAGAGCGGCUGCGGGACGACGACGGCGGUUGACGGCGCGACGGCGGUGAAGCGAGCGGCGUACGCGUACGGCGUGAAAGUACGGAACGAGCGACGACGGGCGGAACGCAGCGCAAAAGGGAACGGUCGGUCGGUGUUGCACGAUUUAAAUACGCGUGCGUAUUUACGAGCGAGCGCGAGGGCAGAGAGGCGGAUGGGGGCGUCGGUGAGCGGAACUGCGGCGCGGGCGACGGUCGAGUACGGAGCGUGCGCGCUCCCGCACGUGUCAUCGGUUGUGACGUCAGCAGCUAAUAACGCGGUGAGCGCAGUCGAGUUCGAUGUAAGCGGAGAGCUGGUGACCACAGGAACGGUGGCGGGCGCAGUGGACGUACAAGAGGUAGCGACGCUUCGCGCACACUGCGGUGAACUGUACGCGCCAACUUUAAAACUCGCGACGGGACGGUACAUUGAGUCUCUGCGAUGGAAUCGCGAUCGUUCCAUGAUAAUGACAACUUGCGAUACGUCGAAUACCAUCGUGGGGUAUCAGGGAAACUCGACGCGCGUGCCUGGCCCACGAGGUAUGGCGCAGCAGACGCUCGUGUUGCACGAAUUCAAGGCACAGACGGCGACAAACGAACCCGCCGCAAACGGUUUGCGAGAGAUGCUGUUUGAUCCGAGCGAUCCGCAUCGUCUCAUUGCGGGUGCUGGAAAUGGGCAGGCGUACGUGUGGGACACCCGUUCGGCGGGCGGAAAGCAGACGGCACAGUUGUGCUCACAUGUAAAGUCACCGAUUUCGUCAAUCGUGAUGUCCCAAGACGGCCACACCGUGAUCGGCGGAGAUGCGGUGAACGGUGAAAUAUUGAUAUGGGACAUGCGAAAACCCGCCGCGCAGGGUUCUGCGGUUUUCGGUACGCUCGGUGACAAGGCACAGCGCUACGGUCUCAUUGCUCAGCUGAGCAUGGCAAAGCUCUUGACCAAGACUGCGCUCGGGACGGAAAUGAAAAUAGAGCACACCGGGGUGCACUGGAUCGAUUACGAUCCGUAUGAUCACAGAAGACUUGGAUUUCACCUGACCAACGGUUGGAGCGGCAUAAUCGAUCUGAUGCAACCGUGCGUGACGCACGCGCACUGUCCGCCACCGCCUUGGCUCGAGGCACCUAGACCGGCAAACUUACCCGAGGGCACGCUAUUGCCCGGCAUAUACGAUUUACCGACGAGCGACUUGAGACGUCGAAAGGCAUGCUGGCUACCGGACGGACGAUCGAUCGCCGUCGGUCUCGGAGUAAAGCCUGGUGUGAGAAUUUUAGACCUCUCGUCGUCAAAGUCGCGGCAUUGGGUGCAUGGUUUGACAGUAGCGGAUCUCGAUUGCGAGCCCGAGUGCGGGUAUGCUUCGGGGCGGCCUCCGGUAUUUGUCGAGACAUCGACAAAAAUAUACACCGUCGCUGCACAUCCUUAUCACCACGGCGAGAUCGUCGCUGGUGGCGAGAGCUCACUGAGUUUACUCGGAUAUCGACUCUCGGCGUCGAUUGGUGACAAAGACGAAUCUAUCUCCGACGUUGGGACCGCGCGCACCGAGGACUUGACCGAGGCGUGA